AUGGGGAAGAAUAGUGGGAAGAACAAGAUAGAGUGGGGAAGUAAAUCAUUUGAUUCGAGACAAAGUAGAGGCAAUGAGAAUAGCCCAAGAGCGAUGGACAAGGACACAGCAGUGUUCAUUUUGCUGUCGCAGGAAUUGAAGGAUGAGGGGAAUAGAUUGUUUCAAAGCAGGGAUUAUGAAGGUGCCAUGUUAAAAUAUGAGAAAGCUAUUAAUUUGCUUCCAAGGAACCAUAUCAACGUCUCCCACAUUCGGAGUAAUAUGGCUGCGUGUUAUAUGCAGUUGGGCAUUAGUGAAUUUCCAAGGGCGAUCCAUGAGUGCAAUUUGGCUCUUGAAGUUACACCGAAAUAUAGUAAAGCAUUGUUGAAAAGAGCAAGAUGUUAUGAGGCUUUAAAUAGGUUGGAUUUGGCGCUCAGAGAUGUUGGGAUUGUUUUGAAGAUGGAACCGAAUAAUUUAAUGGCAGCUGAAAUUGAAGGGAGGGUGAAAACAGCUAUCGAACAAAGGGGCACGACAGAAAAUGACAUUCCUCUGGAUACUGUUCCAUUACCUGAAUAUUUUGAACCACCUUCGGUUUCAACACCAACCAAGGCGGUCAAAGAGAAGAUGAUGAAGAAAAAAAGUAAAGUGGGGAAGAAGAAAAUUGAGGAGAAAACCAAGGAAAAAGAGGUUGAGAACCUAAGUAAUGAAAAGAAACAGAAGGAGAAAAUCGAGGCAAGGAAGACUGAGGAUGAAGUCACGUUAAAGAACUCCGAAGUUCGGGUUGAAGAAAAGAAGGCUGAAGAGAAGGUGGUGGUGGAGGUAGAGAAAAUAAGUAAUACAAUGGAGGUGGAGCCAAAAAGAACGGUGAAAUUAGUAUUUGGAGAAGAUAUAAGAUGGGCUCAGAUUCCUGUCAACUGCAGUAUUUUGAAACUGAGGGAAAUAAUUUCUGAUCGGUUCCCUAGCUCAAAAGCUGUUCUUGUUAAGUACAGGGAUCAAGAAGGUGACUUGGUCACAAUCACGACAACUGAAGAACUGAGAUGGGCUGAAGCAUCUGUAGAAAGUGGUUCUGUCAAGCUGUAUAUAGUUGAAGUUAAUCCAGAUCAAGAUCCGUUCUUUGAAAAGGUUAAAACAGGACAAGUCGUAUUCAAGCCAGACAUAAAACAUGAUAGCAUUACUGAAAAUGGAAAUGUAAGAAAAAUGAAGCAAAUCGAGAACGGGUCAUUUUGUAUCAAUGAUUGGAUCAUCCAGUUCGCUCAACUAUUCAAGAACUAUGUCGGAUUUGAUACUGAUUCUUAUAUAGAUCUCCAUGAGCUCGGUGUGAAGCUAUAUUCUGAAGCUAUGGAAGAGACGGUCACUAGUGAUGAGGCACAAGACCUUUUUGCGACAGCUGCAGAGAAGUUCCAGGAGAUGGCGGCCUUGGCUCUGUUCAAUUGGGGAAAUGUUCACAUGUCCCGGGCAAGGAAGAGGGUAUAUUUUGUAGAAGAUUCUUCCAGGGAAUCUAUACUUGCACAGGUCAAAUCUGCAUAUGAUUGGGCUCAAAAGGAAUAUAUGGAAGCAGGAAAAAUAUAUGAUGAAGCGCUGAAAAUUAAACCAGAUUUCUAUGACGCUAUUCUAGCUCUCGCGCAGCAACAGUUUGAGCAGGCAAAACUCUCUUGGUAUUAUGCUACUGCUACUAAUGUUGAUCUGGAAUCAUGGCCUGCAACAGAAGAAGUUCUUCAGCUUUACAAUAAUGCUGAGGAAAAUAUUGAAAAAGGUAUGGAGAUGUGGGAGGAAGCUGAGGAGCAGCGUCAAAAUGAACUCUCCCACCCAAAUAAAAUUUCAGCUUUGUUGCAGAAAAUGAAUAUGAGUAACAUGUUUAAAGAUAUAUCUCCAGAGGAAGCUGAAGAACAGGCUGAAAAUAUUACAUCUCAAAUAUAUGUUUUAUGGGGUACCAUGCUGUAUGAAAGAUCUAUUAUGGAAUAUAAAAUAGGCAUUCCUGUAUGGCACGAAUGUUUGGAGGUUGCUAUUGAAAAAUUUGAACAAGCAGGAGCUUCUUCAACGGAUGUUGCUGUUAUGAUAAAGAACCAUUGUUCCAAUGGUACUGCACUGGAAGGCUUAGGGUUCAAUAUCAAUGAGAUAGUACAGGCAUGGAAUGAGAUGUAUGAAGCAAAGAAGUGGCAGAACAGCAUUCCGGCUUUCAGUGGAACAGCAUCGGCCAGGGUCUGUGCUUACGGCAUACUUGGUAAUUAUAGGAGCUUUGUUACACUGGUUUGGCAGCUUUUUAUGAAACUAUGGCACGACCACAAUCCGCAACUAGUUUUCCAGUUUUCGGAGACAAGAUGA